AUGGCCUCGAAUCGAGGAAUUCAGAUUGGAUCCGCGUGGUUUCAACGGAAGCUCAACUUGAGACCGCAGCACCGAGGUGUGCAUCUCGUCACGGAGGAGAUCCUAAAGCAGGUGCCUGAGUUGUCACAAUUUGCAGUCGGUCUCUGCCACAUCCAAAUAAUGCAUACAUCAGCGAGCCUCGCGCUAAACGAAAGCUGGGAUCCUGAUGUUAGAGACGACAUGGAAAUGAUGCUCAACAAAAUCGUGCCUGAGGGUCUCCCUUACCGCCAUUCGUGCGAAGGUCCCGACGACAUGCCUGCACAUGUAAAAGCAUGCUUCCUGGGCUCGUCACUUACAAUUCCGAUCACAGAUGGAAAGUUAAAUUUAGGAACUUGGCAAGGAGUUUGGCUAUGUGAACAUAGGAACCAUGCUGGCAGCCGAAAGGUGGUGGUGACCCUGUCGGGCUGCCCGCGCGACUCGCCGCUGUCGCCGGUGUCGGCCGCGUCGUGCUCCAGU